AUGUCCCGCCAAUCAGGCUACGACCGCCAUAUUACAAUCUUCAGUCCUGAGGGUCGUUUGUACCAGGUCGAAUAUGCUUUCAAGGCUGUGAAGACAUCAGGUCUAACGUGUCUCGCAUUGAAGGGGAAGAAUACGGUUGCUGUAGUUGGUCAAAAAAAGAUUCCGGAUAAGCUCCAGGAUGGGUCCUUCACCAACUCCAUAUACCGCAUCACCUCCAAUCUUGGAGUUGUCAUCGCCGGUAUGCCAGCUGACGCUCGAGCUCUCGUCAAUAGGGCUCGUCAGACCGCUUCUGAAUAUGAGGAUAAGAAUGGUUGCGAGAUUCCUUGCCACUAUCUCGCCAAGAAGAUCGCCAAUUUGGCUCAGGUCUACACCCAACAUGCCUACAUGCGUCCAUAUGGCGUCAUUGCUCUGUUCUUCGGCAUCGACGAUGAGUUCGGUCCUCAGCUUUUGAAGGUAGACCCUGCGGGACACUAU